UCUCCUUCCCUAGGACUCCCAGGAGCACAAGAUCUGCCUGUUUGAAGGUGCCAACUUCAAGGGCAACACCAUGGAGAUCCAGGAGGACGAUGUGCCCAGUCUCUGGGUCUAUGGCUUCUGUGACCGCGUGGGCAGCGUGAGGGUCUCCAGUGGAACCUGGGUCGGCUAUCAAUAUCCCGGCUACCGCGGGUACCAGUACCUCCUGGAGCCAGGCGAAUUCCGGCACUGGAACGAGUGGGGGGCCUUCCAGCCGCAGAUGCAGGCCGUGCGUCGCCUGCGUGACAGGCAGUGGCAUCGUGAGGGCUGCUUCCCGGUCCUUGCCGCCGAGCCCCCCAAGUGAAGCCAUCCACACUCUGCUCUUCUCCCUUGCCCCGCCCCUCCCCCAGACCCGGUUUGCCCACCUUUCCCGUGCAAAUAAAAGUUCCUAAAGCCAAA